AAAUAACUAUGUAUAUAAACCAUUCAAUGAAGCAUAGAAUUUAAUUCAAAUACAAUACCGUUUUUGAAGCUAUCUUCCUGGUUGGAAAAUCGACUGCUAGUAUAUAUUAUGAAAUGGAUAAUGACCGUGUUGGAGUUUCUGAGUGUGAAAAAUAAUCUAGGAAAUAAUGGAUUCAAAAAUGAAUGGUUUUAGUUUUACCAACAUCAGACCAAGUCCAACAAACCCUCACAAGAAACCAAUUUAUAUAAACACAGGAAAACUUCAAAGAUCAGACAGUUUGUCAAGUUCAGGAAGUGAUAACAGAUAUCAGAACAUGCCAGGAGCCUCCUUUAAUCCUGUAGACACGUCUCCUAUUGUAAAUGGUGGUCCCAGUGUAGCUUUUACUGAACCAAGCACGAGUAAGAAGUAUUCAGAAUACAACUUUAAAGCAGAGGACACUGAUUAUGGCAAAGAAGAUAAGGACGGCGCAAAAUCAGAUCGGUAUGUGUGGUUGUGCAAAUUUAUUACCGGUAUAGUUGUGAUAUUAGUGGCUAUUGUCGGAACAGUGUAUUUCAUACUGUACUACACUCAUCCAAAAUUACAAGAACGUGAGUAACAUAUAUUACUGUUAACGCAAAGAGUGUUCAUUUUGAAUGAAAACAGCUACAAAUAUCUAUGUGAAACAUUAGAAAACAGAUGUGGAUAUUUUCGUUAGGAAAUCAACGUGUUACAUCUAACAUAAGCUUUCACAUUUGAAUUUAGUUGUCACAGUGUGGUCGUUGAAAUUUGUAAACUUUUUUUUAUCAAGAUUUGAUUGACUGAUUCUAUGCAUACUUUCUAUUGCCCACCUAUUUGUUAUGAUGGUGGAUGUGUUAUUCUAACAGACGAUUGGCAUUCCUAUUGACACUUACUGUGCCUCUCAUUGUGCUGACGUAUACCUUUAUUCGUAUGAGGCAUAUUCAUUUAAGGGGUUCUACUGAAUAUCCAUGAAAUAUUUGCCAAGAACUAAAAUAAAUCAGUAAUGAAUCAAUCAGUUAAGGGUUUCUCAAAACAAAUGAAAUAAAAAACUAGCAUUAUCAUUUAAUUCAUGGUCCGCUAUAAACAUGCUGUCACCUCACUGGAAAAUUAAGUUUGUGUUGAUCACAUGUAUCCCUUUAGACUUUAUA